CGCCCCGCGGUGCGUCAGUCAUUUCUGUACGUGUGUUUUGCCCGGAACUGUCUUACUCCAUAGAUGUCCAGUUUCAGCUAAAUGCAACAAAGAUGGCGACACGGACUAUGAAGGCGGUUCGUUGCCCCACAGACGACCUCUCACUGACCAACUGCGUUGUGAUCAACGAAAAGGAGCAAAACUUGGAACAACAUGUGGCUGUCUACAACAACAGGCAGGAGUUUGUGUUUACCUUGAAGACACAUCCAGAAGUGAGCAUCGGCUCCAUCGCUUUCAGCCUGCCACAGAGAAAAUGGGCAGGCAUUACUCUUGGAGAUGACUUCAAAGUAUCAAACUACAAGUUUGACAAAUCCAAAGGGUGUAUAAGCAACAUGACCGUGGAAAUUGACUUCCUGCAGAAGAAGUACAUUGACAGUAACGCCUACGACUCUGACAAGAUGGCCAGCGAGUUCCUCCAGCGCUUCUACAACCAGGCAUUCUCCGUGGGCCAGCAGCUGGUGUUUAGUUUCGCUGAAAAACUCUUCAACUUGGUGGUGAAAGACAUCGAAGCCAUGGAUGCCAGCAUCUUGAGGGAAGGAAAGAUGUCUGACGUGGCAGGAAAGAAGGCAAAGGUCGGUCUGUUGCUGACGAACAGCCAAGUCAUUUUUGAGAAAUCGGAGAACUCUGCGGUUGUUUUGAUUGGGAAGUCUAAAACCCGAGAUGCUCGGCAGUCCAUCAUCAGCCCUGACUGGAACUUUGAGAAGAUGGGUAUUGGAGGCCUUGACAAGGAGUUCUCUGGCAUCUUCCGCAGAGCCUUCGCCUCCAGAGUCUUCCCUCCAGACAUUGUUGAACAGAUGGGCUGCAAACACGUGAAGGGAAUCCUGCUGUACGGACCCCCCGGCUGCGGUAAAACCCUCAUGGCUCGGCAGAUUGGCAAGAUGCUGAAUGCCCGGGAGCCAAAGAUCGUCAACGGCCCCGAGAUUCUCAACAAGUACGUCGGAGAGUCCGAGGCUAACAUCAGGAAGCUGUUCGCGGACGCCGAAGACGAGCAGAAGAGGCUCGGGGCCAACAGCGGGCUGCACAUCAUCAUAUUCGAUGAGAUCGACGCCAUCUGCAAGCAGCGCGGCAGCAUGGCGGGCAGCACGGGGGUCCACGACACCGUGGUCAACCAGCUGCUGUCCAAGAUCGAUGGAGUGGAGCAGCUCAACAACAUCUUGGUGAUAGGUAUGACCAACAGGCCCGACCUGAUAGAUGAGGCCCUGCUGAGGCCCGGAAGAUUGGAGGUGAAGAUGGAGAUUGGGUUACCGGAUGAAAAGGGCCGCAUUCAGAUCCUUAACAUCCACACGGCCAAGAUGCGCCAAUACAACCUGCUGGCCAGCGACGUGGACACCAAAGAGCUCGCUGCUGAAACUAAAAACUUCAGCGGCGCUGAGCUGGAGGGACUGGUCAGGGCCGCGCAGUCCACCGCCAUGAAUCGGCACAUCAAGGCCAGCAACACAGUGGAGGUUGACAUGCAAACAGCCGAGAAGCUGCAGGUCAGCAGGCUCGAUUUCAUGGCCUCGCUAAAUAACGACAUCAAACCGGCGUAUGGAACCAACCAGGAGGACUAUGCCAGUUACGUCAUGAACGGUAUAAUCCGGUGGGGCGACCCGGUUUCAGCCGCCCUGGAGGAUGGAGAGCUGCUGGUCCAGCAGACGAAGAACAGUGAUCGUACGCCGCUGGUCUCUGUGCUCCUGGAAGGCCCGCCUAACAGCGGGAAAACAGCGCUGGCAGCUAAGAUCGCCGAAGAUUCCCAGUUCCCCUUUAUCAAGAUCUGCUCACCCGACAAGAUGAUCGGACACUCUGAGAUAGCUAAGUGUCAAGCAAUAAAAAAGAUAUUUGAAGAUGCUUAUAAAUCCCAGCUAAGCUGUGUGUUAGUGGAUGACAUCGAACGCUUGCUGGAUUAUGUUCCAAUUGGUCCUCGUUUCUCCAACUUGGUGCUACAGGCUCUGCUGGUUCUCCUGAAGAAACCGCCUCCAAAGGGACGCAAGCUACUGAUCAUCGGUACCACGAGUCGUAGAGACGUGCUCCAGGAAAUGGAGAUGUUGGACGCUUUCAGCACCACCAUCCACAUUCCCAACAUAUCAAGAGGAGAGCAGCUCGUACAGGCCCUGGAGCUGUUAGGGUCUUUCCAGGAGAAGGAACGGCUCAGCAUAGCUAAAGCAGUCAACGGCCAAAGCUUGUGGAUCGGCGUAAAGAAGCUGCUCAUGCUGAUUGAAAUGGCCGCACAGAUGGAUCCUGACUACAGAGUCAGUAAGUUCCUGAGUCUGCUGAGGGAUGAAGGAGGACUGGGCUCUAAGCUGGCGGCAUUCUAGACACAGUGAAGGGACGUAGUGAGAAAGAGGCAUCCUUCAUCGCGGCUGAGGGACGGAGGGCCUGGAAGAGGCUGGCGGGAGGAAGCGUCGAUCUGCACCCUUCCUUCUCGUCCCUGAAGCUCCCUGCAGGGCAGAUGUCUGCCGAUGUCAGCCACCAACCGCGACGCAGACUUCACCUCAACACUGUGCCAAAAUGUGAAAUGAGACUUAAAAAUGUGUAGAUGGGAUGCUUGCUAUGGAUUUACUGAUGACUUUUGCUGCAACCCCGUGUCCCCCUGUGCUGCUUAGGGAUUUUACUCAUUUAUGUUAGGAGUCGACGCGACUGAAGCACUUCUAUAGCAACGUGUGCAAGCAGAGACACUAAUUAUGGGACAGUUUGUUUAUCCAGGUUUUAUUUCAAGGCAGAUUUGCAAUCUGAUCAUUCCAUGACAUGACUUGGUGUUUAAGUUGUGCACUUGCUUCUUUAUGAUCUUUUUAUGGUAUGAAUAAAUUGGGUUGUGUACAACACACACUAUGGUAAUGUAAAUUAAAGCUCAUGACUCCACCUUCA